CGGAAACCAAAUGUGUCAAAUUAAAUUGAACUACUUUUAGCUGACUGAACAAUUUGGGCUUCGUUCACAGUUAAACUCAACUCGGUUUAUAUUACCGGUUCAGAGAGGCAGGUCCGAGCUAAUAACCUUCACUGUGAGGGAUGUAGGACUUAAAUCCUCCACCGUGAAAUACAAGACUCCUCCGAGGUGUGAUUAAGAGAGCGUGGUGGGAGCAUGUGGCAGAUGGCUCACCCACAACCAUCUGAGUCCACUGAGCUGUUCACACCUGCGAGGGCCGCUUUAUUUAGUUGGAAAGGAUUCUUUUUAUAAAAUGGAGGAACAUGGAGUUCCAUGUGUGCUGAUGACAUACACGGAUGUGACCCUUGUUACGACUCGGGUUCUUUGUCAACGUAGUGUGACAGUUUGCACUUUCUUGCAAGAUUCAAUUUUAGUUUGAUGAAGAAUCCGGAUUAUAUUGUAUAAUUUACCAGUAAUGAUGUGAUACAACGCGCCAUAAUGUUGAUUUGAAGUUAUUAGAACAGGUGAAUCAGUGAUCUACUGGAUUGUCCUGGGACGUGUGUGUAUCACGUUACGUGAUGAUGGCCACCAUCGGAUAUACACUGGUCCCUAUCCCAUCAACAUAGAUUAUAUAAAACAUGGUCUGCUAUUUGUUAAUAAUUUAGAGGCUUGACACGGCAACGUUGGAAAGGUGUUAUGCGAAAGAUUCACUAACCCUAACUGCACAGUAGCACAACGCCAUGACCUCGCCCCUCACGGCAGUGCCGGUGUGCGUUGUGACGUAAAACGAGCACCUCCCGGUGCACCACGUUAGCUCGUGCUGCUAGCUACCACAGGGGCAGACAAGCCAUCAAAACGGGGGCAACGGUUCAUCCGGACUUCAUCUACCGCAACGCUGGUGUUAAACCGCCGGGCUCAGACCACAGCAACGCGUUCACGUCACGCAUGAACACCGCCAGGUAACGUUGGACUAUGUACGAGAUGUACUGCAUCCCGCCAUCUGCUUUUACCUCACAUGUUAUUUUCCUAAAUGUCCAUGGGAACAGCUGACUACAUUUUGACAGCUAUCAGUUUUCCAUUUGUAAGACUUACACGGAGGAAUCGGUCCAAUUGUCUUGGAUUGAGCUCUUCUGUGUGUUAACAGAGCCACAAAUCAUCUGCUGAUGAUCACAUCUGAAGCUAAUCCCGAGUUGUGUGUCAGUAGAGGAGAAGCCGGGCUGAUGACAAGCAUGACAUUGAGCCAAGCCACAGAUGCAUGUCCACUCAAAGGGCCCAACUGAGCACCACCCGGCUCUCAGCAAGUCGCUCAGAGGGGGGGGGCGGGGGUGUCGACGGGACGUAGCUCGUCCGCUGCACCCCCGCGUAGCAGCUCCCUGAGAAACUGGAGGUCUCAGAUGGAUCAGGGUAGUAGUGAGCAGAGCCCAGAGGAGCCGGACGCGGGAGGCCGAGCGGAGCUGGAGGUCGGCAGGAGGCCGUCGGAGUCCGAGCACGGCUUGUCAAAGAUUACCCACAAUGCACUGGAGAACAUGGGAGCGUUGGGCCAUGGCCUGAAGCAGUUCUUCCAGCCACAGCGCCGACGCUCCUCCGUUUCCCCACAUGACUCUGUCUCGUCCUGCACAGGCGCCCCCCCCUCCGAGCCCACUGAUGUAGGGUCCGAAGUGGGGGACGCUCCCGCCUCCUCGGCCCUGCCUUUGGAUUCUGACAACCCUGCCGCUUCCGCCCCUCCCGCAGCUCUGAGCCGCGUUCUGCAGCAGAUCCGAGGCGCCCCACCAAUGAAGCGAGGCACCAGCCUGCAGAGCCGCCGCAGCAAGGUGGGGGGCACCGGGGAGCCUCCCCAGAAAGGGAGCCCACAGAUCCACCGGCGCAGCACCCAUGAAGCCCUGCUGCAGGCCGGCCGGCCGCGGUCCUCCUCCACCACGGACACGCCCACCAGCCCGGCUCUCGCCGACGUCCUCCUGACGUCCGGCUACCACUCGACGGAGGAGCCUGACAAGCUGGAUCGCUUUGAUGGAUCAGGCCCUGCUGUGUCACCCAACGCUCUCCCCUACGGUGCCGAUGGCUACGACGUAGUUGACGGUACCCCAGACCCCCAGCGGACCAAGCUGGCCAUCGCCCAGCUGCAGCAGAAGAUCCUCAAACUCACAGAACAAAUCAAAAUCGAACAAACUGCGCGAGAUGACAACGUGGCUGAAUACCUGAAACUGGCCAACAACGCAGACAAACAGCAGAGCGCACGCAUCAAACAAGUGUUUGAGAAGAAGAACCAAAAGUCAGCGCAGACCAUCCAGCAACUGCAGAGGAAGCUGGAGCACUACCACCGGAAGCUCCGAGAGGUGGAGCACAACGGCAUCCCUCGCCAGCCCAAAGACGUCUUCCGAGACAUGCACCAGGGCCUGAAGGACGUUGGUGCCAAGGUGACAGGGGGCCUCUCCAGUUUCUCUCAUGCCACUCACUCCGCAGCUGGAGCCGUGGUAUCCAAGCCGAGAGAAAUCGCCUCCCUCAUCCGCAACAAGUUCGGCAGUGCAGACAACAUCGCAGCCUUGAGAGACUCCUUGGACGAAACCCAGGGAGACGAAGGCGUCGGCCCGGGGGGGGCGAGGGCCCUCGGCACCGGACAGUUGCAGUCCAGCCCGAAGUACGGCAGCGACGAGGACUGCUCUAGCGCUACGUCCGGCUCCGCGGGAGCCAACAGCCUGACCGGAGCCCCAGGAGGCCCCCCCAGCUCCAAGGGCCACACCCUGGAUCACGGCCACGCCGCCGGCCUCGACGCCAUCCUCCACGAGAUCCAAAAGCUGCGGGAAAACCAAGGUCGACUGGAGGAGUCCUUGGAAAGCCUGAAGGCCCAGUACCAGCGGGACUACACGAUGAUCAUGGAGGCCCUGCAGGAGGAGCGGUUCAGGUGUGAGCGUCUAGAAGAACAACUCAACGACCUGACGGAGCUGCACCAAAAUGAAAUUCUGAACUUGAAACAGGAACUAGCCAGCAUGGAGGAGAAGAUCGCUUACCAGUCUUACGAAAGAGCGAGGGACAUUCAGGAGGCGCUGGAGGCGUGCCAGACGCGCAUCUCCAAGAUGGAGCUGCAGCAGCAGCAGCAGCAGGUGGUGCAGCUGGAGGGUUUGGAGAACGCCACAGCACGGACCCUCCUGGGGAAGCUCAUCAACGUGCUGCUGGCGGUGAUGGCCGUCCUGCUGGUGUUCGUGUCCACGGUGGCCAACUGUGUCGUCCCCCUGAUGAAGACACGCAGCCGCACGCUUUCCACGCUGCUCCUCGUCAUCCUGCUGGCCUUCCUCUGGAGGCACUGGGAGGCCAUUUCUGAGUACCUGCAUCACUUCCUGCUGCACUCCAGAUGACGUGGGCUCCGGAGCGGCUUUGAUGAGUCACAGGGGGGGGACACGCCGCCCCGUGUCCACCGGGUUGAAGCUCAGUGGUCCUUUCCGUUCUGGCCUCGGAAGUCCGAAGCGUUGCACCAGAGCUUUGCCACUUUAUCUCUUUUUGAAAAGAAUAGAGUAGAGAAUGGGGGUGGAGGGGGGGGGUUAUUGAGGUACACUGCUGAGGGUGGACGAGGUGCUGAGAGAACCGCACGCUUGAUUUCUCUCUUCUGAGUGAAUUUGUUUACAUGUGGGGAAAUUGUCAUUGUUUUCCCACAGAAGAAAUAGUAAUUCAGAGUUUUAUUACGUAUGAGCUAAUUCAAGUGGUAUUGUUUUGAAAUCACCGCUAUUUUUAAUACUGUUGAUUAUUAGCUUUUAAUUUACUGUAAUGAGCUGACAUCUUUUUUUGUACGUUCUCUCUUCUAGUCGCUGCUCUUUUGUUGUUCACUCAGUCUUUAAAAAUCUCAGCUUCUGUGACCAACUCUUCCUGCUCAUCACACUCUGAAGAAGUGGGUGCACAUCAGCUGCUUUGCUCCGGAACCGCACACACACACACACACACACACACACACACACGCACACGCACACGCACACGCACACGCACACGCACACGCACACGCACACACACACGCACACACGCACGCACACACACGCGCGUCACUGGAUCAAAUAGGAUGGAUGUGUGAAGUCGGUAACACUGGAUCUGCCUCCACCAGGAUAUUUCCAUCAUGAACAUAGAGUUUGGAGAAGUGAUUCUGGGCCAAAUGGCUCCGUCGGUUCUGGUCUCAUUUCCGCUGCAGAAGAAUAAUCAAUUAACUGAAUUAACAUACUUGAAGAGCAAUUAAAGUGCUCAAAGACUCAGUGCUUCCGUACUGUUUCUCUUAGUGACAAUGAAAUAGUAAUACUUUUUAGUUGAUUUUUUUAUUUUUUAAAGACAAAUAAAUUUGCUGUUUUAAAAUGUGAAAUUGAAAGUAACUUGUAUUCAUCUCCAAUAUCAUGAUGUCUUUAAGCUGUAUUUAACACAACAAAACGCCUCUUGUUGGUGUGACUCGCCUGUUGGCUUUAAGUUUUUAACACACUGUACUAAAGAGACGGAGACAUGAGGUGGACCAGGUUCUGAUUGUAGUUAAUACAUUAUCCAACAUGUAUGCUAUUUUCUGUCUUACUUUUUGCAAAUGUAAAGAAAAAGAAAAGCGUACUCAGAAUGUGACACGUUAACACUAAGAGUUGAUGCACUCAGGAGGCUCUAUAUAUAUAUAUAUAUAUAUAUAUAUCAUUUAGGAAUCCAUGCGUUUCUUCGAUAAUGAAUAUUUGAGCGUACAGAAGAAUGUUCUUCAUGACACGUCAGGUUGGAGCGCAGACAAACGGGUCCGAUCUGGAACAAUCAUUUCAGAAACUACUCUUAAAAUAGAGAGCC